CUGGGCGCGUGCGGGGCCUCGCAGCGGCGGUGGUGCAGGAGCUCAGCCGAGCCGGUGUGCUGCCCCGCCUUCCCGACUCGCACCUCUCCACCCUCAUGCGCGCACUGCUGCUGCUGCCUGCUUCCCCUCCUGCUCCUGCUCCUGCGGCGUUGUCGUUGUCGUCAGCAGCAGCAGCAGCAGCAGCAGCACCGCACAGCCCGGACGAUACACCUCGCCUUCAGGAGGCGGAAGGGGCACAGGCAGAAGGUGAUGAUGAGGGGGAGGAGGAGGCGGAGGAGACAGAGACGGAAAAGGAAGAGGCGGAAAAGGAGCAGGGGGCGGUCGGGGCAAGCACGGACGUGCGAGUGCAGCUGAUCCAGGCUCUCCUGCAGCGACCCCCCAGCCGCCCGCCCCCGCCGCUGCCUCUGCUGGCGGACGCCCUCGCCCUCCUCACCACACCACCACCACCACCACCACCCGCCUUCUUCUCGUCUGCCUCACCUGCCUCCACCACCUCGGAGGGCCCUACCGCACUUCCUCCCGCUCCUCCUCUCCGCCCCCCUCAGCUACCCGCCCCCCUGGCCGCCCGACUGUGUGACCUGCUGGUGGGGCGGUUGCGGGGGAUAGAGGAGGGCAGCGGUAGCGGUGGCGGUGGCGGCAGCGGUGGUUGCGGCAACGGCAUGCAGGG